GUACAUAUUCCAUUUCGCUGUAGUUUCCGCGCCAUAGGACGCCGGUCUGAUUGGUCAAUUUUUUGCUGAUUACGUUUUACUGUUUAAAUUUUUUUAUGUAUGGAAGUCCUAAAUAAUGAUAACAAUUUCUUGAAUACGCAACUAUUGCAUUGCAAUUAGUGCAUUUGUAAUUUGCAAUCGCAGAAUGAACGGUGGGCGAUCGUCGUUAACAUGGCGGACGGCGAUUUGCUUGUUACUAUUUCGGGCGCAGCACUCUCGCUAUUAUUUUACGAAAAUGUACGCAGUAUCGGCGAGCAGAUGGGAUUUCUCCUUGGAGAAGCACUCGAAUUUAUCGUGAAAACUUAUACUGAUUCUGAUAAUCAAGUGGAGACUGUUAAGAUUCAUAUUAUAUUUAGAUUAGAUGUAACAAGGAUAGAUGGAUUAGAUUCGGCUAUGAUUAUCCAAAAAGCUGCUGAACAGCAUUUAACAUCUCUUAUCCCGAAAAUUUGUGAAUCUGACAUGGAAGUAGCUGAAUUGGAAAGGCAAGUGCGCGAACUAAGAGAUAAGAUUGCAGCGCAGCGAUUGACCAGAAAAAUGAGAGUGAAUGGUGAGAUCUAUGAGAGAGCUUCUAAAGCAUACAGGGAAAAUUGCCUUUUAGAAAAAAUAAAUUUCUUGACGAAAGAUGAGAUGAAAAUCAGUGAUGACAUGUGUCCCCAAAGGGAGUACAUUCCAUCUUGCGCCCAGCCAAUUAUUUCUAGUAAUCGGACACUGUGCCGUAAUACUGCUGCUUGCAUUGCUAAAAGCGUGAAUCAGGAAAAAUUUCGCCGUUUGGGACGAGGCAUUCCGCAGGAAGAGAAUAACCAGCAACAGGACACGCAAGUCUUCUCUUUUUCCGAUAACGAACGUCCCAUUCCAGAAAUUGUCACUGAGUCGAUCUGCCAGGAAAACAGUGAAACAGGUGUAGGUAGAGGCAGAGGUAGCGGUCGAGGUAAUCCCGAAUUCGUACCGGGAAUGAAAAAAGUACGGCGUAGCCCAGGCACAUCCCAGAUGCAUUCUUUUCGAGAGAGAAGUAUCACUCCAGAACAGGAUUUUUCUAAUGCUGAAUAUUGUGCUGCCGUAUCCCUUAAUUCUCCUAUUCUCAGGUCUUACAGCCAGGUAACAAAAAAGACAAAUCUGGAUAAAUCCAACACGAUAGCGUCAUUAGAUAUUUAAAUGGAGAAAUCAAAUAUUCUGGAAAAAUCGAUUUUUAGAAACUCUUUCAACCA